CGGCACAAGACAGAUGCAGCCAUACACAACAAAGAAAAGGGACAUAAAUCAGACAAGAAGUCCAAUGACUUUAGAGUCAGUUUCCCUCUCAGAACAAAUUACAUGUAUGCCAAGGUCAAAAGGACUCUUCAUCAUGAGAUUUUUGCAUUCACCAUUUGCUUGUGGAUAAAGUCUAAUUCAUCACCUGGUGUGGGCACACCCUUCUCAUACUCCGUUCCAGGCCAAGCCAAUGAGGUGGUGCUUAUUGAAUGGGGUAACAACCCAAUGGAAUUGCUUAUUAAUGACAAGGCUGCCACGCUACCACUGGCCAUCAAUGAUGCUAAGUGGCAUCACGUAUGUGUCACUUGGUCAACCAGAGAUGGUGUAUGGGAAUCCUACCUGGAUGGGUGUGAGGCGAGGAAAUGGAGAAAACCUGGCAGCUUGGCAUCCAAUAAAACCUGGUGGAGUUUUUUGUCUUGGGACAGGAACAGGACACAUUGGGAGGAAGGUUUGAUGCCACACAAGCCUUUGUGGGUGAAAUUUCUGACUUUAAUAUGUGGAGCCACAUCCUAACUGCAGGUGAGAUCUACAAGCUGGCCACAUGUGCAGCCCAUUCCACCGGCGAUGUCAUAGAGUGGGCGGAGUCUUCAAUGGAGCUCCACGGGGGUGUAUCCAAACUCCCAUUUAAUUCUUGCCAUUGA